AUGAUGGGAAUUGAGUCUAAACGUGUGGAGACCAAAUCGACGGAUGAGUCUGUAGUCAUAGUAACUAUCAGACAAGACAUGACCCGUGGAGAAGAUCAAGAUAUCAAAAUGCCACAUGUAUACCGGGAGAAAUCUAAGGGUGGGCAGACUGUAACAGAAGAUGUUAGAGUUAGAUUCAGAGGAUGCUUUCACUGUGGAAAACGUGGACAUAAGUGGCAGCGAUGCUUCAAAAGGAAGAGGAGGGAAAUUGGAUCUUUUUGA